AAGCCGAGAGUGGGCAGAAAUAUUGGCCUCCAAUCGACAGUACACUGUUUUUUAUUUGGGCCUCAUAUUAAUGUUCUAGACUAGGGUUAGGUAAAAUGUGUGACGUAUACUCGAAUGAGGUUCAAGCUUGAACGGGUUUGUUCUAGUCUCUGACCAAGCAUGCAACUCAGAGUCAAGUUCGAGCAUAGGGUGACGAUUUGACGAAUGCAUUAAGUUUAGAUGCAGGAGCAUAUCGCGCUGUUUAUUGCGAGAACACUUUCGAUUUAAUUGUGUUUCGACUCUUUCACCCGGGAACUGUCAUGUCACCGUGAGAACGACGUUCUUUUUAUUUCUGGGUUUCGAUAGUAACACUUGUGCACUUGCACACUUGUGCAAUAAUGGAGAAGGAUUGCGGUAGAAACGAUCAAAAGCAAGACGUCAAGAAGACAGAGGUGUGUUUUGAAAGGACAUGUUCAGCACUAACUGUGGACGAUGUAUACGAAAUAGCUAAAUUGAUUGGCUCGGAAGUGGAAACACUUAUUGACGGCUACGGUAAAGAGAGUGCCACAGGACUGGUGCCUAAAAUUGUCAAAGUUCUAGAACUUUUGGAAAGCUUCGCAUCGCGGAACCAUGCUCACAAGUCAAAAGAAGAAGAAUUACUUAAAGCGUUCGAAACACUUAAUGUACAAAAACAGAAGAAGACGAGAAAUGUGAAAGAAUGCGAAGAAAGCAAGAGCGAAAUACAACGGCAGGAGGUGCAGGAGGAGGUGGAGAAGCAGAGGAGGAGGUGCGAGGAGCUGCAGGCCCAGGUAUUACAUCUACAGAUGGAGAAUCAGGAGUUACAGAGCUGCCUGAGGGGCAACCAUGUCCAGGAAGACCGUGUCCAACGGCAGGAGCGGGAGGUGAUGCUGAAACUGAAGGAGGUGGUUGACAAGCAGAGAGAUGAGUUGAGGGCCAAAGUACAGCAGAUAGGAAGCGUGUCUAAGGAGGUGGAGGCGCUGCAGGAGCAGUUGGAGCGGUUCAUGAAGAUGAAUGGGGAGCUGAGACACAAGCAGAGCAUCGUCACGGCCCAGGUGAAGAACGCUGUGGAGAGGAAGGCUGACAUGGAGGCAGACCUCCGAGAGAAACAGAAAGAGAUAGAACGCCUCACCACCCAGCUGGGAAAAGCCAACACUGCUGCUGGCACGGCCAAUCCGUGUAAGACCGAAGUGGACCUGACUGACAAGCUGGUGAUAGACCUGAAGGAUCCCAACAGACCCUGUUUCACCAAGCAGGAGGUCAGAGAGAUGCUGACAGAGAGGAACGAGCUCAAAGCCAACUUGUUCCUGGUGCAGGAGGAACUCUCCUACUACCAGAGGGAGAUCCUGAAUGAUGAGCGGUGUCCAGGCUUCUUGCUGGACGCUGUACGUUCUGCCAUAAAGAAACAGAAAACUGUCAUCAAGGCCAAGAUGUUGGGCAUGCCAGAGGACGAAUGCAGCAGUGAUGAGGAGAAAGGACCCCUGUUUGAGAGGAGAGCAGAGACAGAAACCGGGACAGACAGCACUGACAGCAAACCACAAGAGUCUCGCAUCAGGAACCUCUUUGGCUUCCUGACCCGCUCCGGCAGCAACCACAGCAGCCGUAGUCCUGGUGAAAACAACGCUGCUUCUUCCUGGGAAAUCAUCGACGACACUGCGGAGACAGAACCCCGACAAUCACCAUGACACCCCUCAAC